GUUGUUGAAAAAAGGGCAUCGAGCGCAGUCAAGAAGUAAAUGUGGCAAUAGAACAGAUGUUGUUGUGUUCUUCAUCGGCAGUAAUUCGAAGGAUAUCAGUGUCGUGGCUGAUUUUGGCUAACAAUACUAACUUCAAAUCCCACCGCCUCUCUCGUUCUGCCGAUGCUUCUCUGGAGUUAGAGAGCUCCACGAAAAGAGCCAUAACAAUGAGCACACAGUCUUCCAUCAAGGACGCUUUUUCUAACUACGCUGAUUACCUCAAUGCCCUUAAUGAAAAACGGGAAAGGAUAGUUAAAGCUAGUCGUGAUGUAACUAUGAAUAGUAAAAAAGUCAUAUUUCAGGUGCACAGAAUCAGUAAAAACAAUAAAGAGGAAGUUUUGGAAAAGGCAGAAAAGGAUUUAGCGGCAGUAAGAGAUCAGCAUAUCUCGCGACUGGUGAAAGAGUUGCAAGGGACUGAUUUUUGGAAGCUUCGGCGAGCAUACUCUCCUGGGGUACAAGAGUAUGUUGAAGCUGCAACAUUCUUCAAAUUCUGCCGAACUGGAACCCUCUUGAAUCUUGAUGAGAUAAAUGCUAGUUUAUUACCACUUAGUGAUCCAUCUCUUGAGCCUUUGCAAAUUAACCUCCUUGACUAUCUCUUGGGGCUUGCAGAUUUGACUGGAGAGCUGAUGCGGUUAGCGAUUGGUCGAAUAUCAGAUGGCGAAGUAGAAUAUUCUGAGAGAAUAUGCCAUUUUGUACGUGAUAUCUAUAGGGAAUUGACUCUUGUUGUCCCACUUAUGGAUGAUAGUUUUGACAUGAAGACAAAGAUGGAUACAAUGCUCCAAAGUGUAGUGAAAAUAGAGAAUGCGUGCUUUAGUGUUCGUGUUAGAGGAUCAGAGUACAUUCCUCUUCUAGGGUCCAGUGAUCCAAGUUCCUUCUUAGUGGGAGUGUCUGAUGCAGAAUUAUGAAAUUCUUGGCUGGAAGAGUGUUUCCUGCUUGAGAUACAAUGGUUUUGGAGUACUUAAAGAAAUGUUUACUGAGAAUCUUCUAUGAAUAG